GAUUGACAACAGCCAACCAGUCAUACCCGUUGAAUUCUAGAUAUACAACACAUUGUCAACGCUGCGUUCUGAUCCACGAGCAACUACCACAGCAGUAAAGUCUAAUAUUGCUUAUUUUCUACUACGGCCAGAGUCGUGAAGAUGCGUGUCUUGUCAGUGUUAGUGUUAUCACUUAUUGUGAUAUCCAGCGCCACUUCGAGACGAAAGCGACAACUAUCCGAUACACUGUCCAUUGAACGUUUUGCAAAAUAUAAUGUUAUCGUGAGCCAUCAGCGACUUGGUGACUGUUCUUUUAUUAUCACGUUCAUGAGAGCCGAUAUGACAUCGGAAGUGUUGGCCAAGAAUCUCACUCUUCACUACACCAUCGAUGAUAGCCUAGCCAUGCAAGAGUAUCCUGUUGACACCGGCACGACCGUAAUACAAGCAAAUCAGCUCACCGAAACGCUUUACUGGGAUCCACCAGAAGGGUUUGUCCCGCCAUUCGACACAACCGGCGUCACGCAAAUUUCUGGCACACAGGGUGGUACUAUAAUACAACACACGAUGGAUGACGGUCCGUGUACUCCAGCCAGUACCCGGGGAGACCCACAUCUACGGUCAUUUGAUGGCCAUGGCUUCAGUUUUCAAGGUCUCUGCUGGUAUACGCUAGCCAAGCACUGCACCGAUAAUCCAGACUUCGAAAUUACGACAGAGUUUGCACCACGAGAAUCAACUGGCACCCAGAUUAGAACACGUGCUGUUAGAAUGAAUAUUACCGUCGGUGAUGAAAUGAUUAGUAUGGAUACCGAUAAUCACGUCACUGUCAAUGGUAAAGCAUAUUAUGUAGCGAAACUGGAUGGUCUACCCCGAAACGUCGCCCUCACCGUCGUUGACUCUCGAGUCAUUAUCAGAAUUCCUAAGGCCAACAUGGACAUAUUAUGGGAGGGGCGAAGACAUUCGUUCAGUGCGUCUCUUUACCACCCUGAUUACAAAGGUAAUUUAUGUGGUCUCCUUGGCAACGCUGAUGGUGACCCGUUGAAUGAUUUCGAGAAGCGUGAUGGCUGGUUGACUCAAGAUAUUAAUGAGUUUGGUGAGAGCUGGCGCAUUGAAGACAAAAGUUGUGAUUAUUAAAAGCGGUUACAGAUCAGACCUCAACUUACUAUUUUACUUUACUCAUGGUUAUUCGAGGAUAAUACGCGUAGUUGAUGGUAGUAAUAUUUGAAUCAAUGCAUAUUGUAGAUACAUCGCACAAUUCGCAAUAAAGGUAGUUUAUUUAAUCAGGGAAUAA